CAUUGCCAAGGCAACAGGGGUAGCCAAGGGAGGGCGUGGCAGCAUCCUGGGUGUCAGACAGGAGAGAGCUUGCCCUUUCAAGCAUGAGCCAUACCACCUGGCUCCCCAACUCCCAGUGUGCUCUUAGCUCUGCCUGUCUAGCUUAGGGUCCUGGAGACCUUCUUGGAGUUCGUCCAGCAACCAUCAUGCAAGGUGGUGCUGGGGGCCAUCCUCUUGCUGGGAGGUGGAGGCCUCAUGCUGUGGGCUCAGAGGAAGAGAAGUAAGGUACCCCCUGAGUCCACACAAGAUGAGUCACCAGAAUCCCACAAAGAAAACGAAAGCUGGAUCAAAUCUCACUUCAGCUGCCUGUCUAAGGAGAAACUGGCCCCUGACAACCAUGCCAGCACCAGCAGCAGUGUCAUCCAGCCUGAGAACAGGAGUGGGAAAACCAGCACCACCAUUCGUGUGGAGACCGUCACCUCCAGGCCCAGGGAAGCGGGCACAGGUCUGCACCGGGAAUCUGUCACCAGCAGGCAGAAGAUGUCUGGGUCCGCCGUGACCAAGGAGACCCACAGGGAGUCAGGAAAGCCCUCGUCCAUGGACAAGGCCACAUGGGCUGGUGUGGCUGCUUGUGUCAAGGAGAUUGAUGCCAAGGGGCAGCAUGUGGCUAACUCUAUGCUGCAGCGAGCCACGGCUUACCAGCACUCAGGCCACCUGGAUUCCAGGGACAUCAACCCGGAGGAGCUGAAGGCCCUUGAAGAGGUGGAGAUGAAACUGAAGAGGAGUUUCCUCACCCAGCAGGAAGCCACCAUGGCUGGUGCCAACCACACACGCACUUUCUAUGGUCACCAGAGCCACCAGAGUCAUGCCGGCCACCCGAGCCACCAGAGUCAGACGGGCCACCAGAGCCAACAGAAUCACCCAGGGCACCUGAGCCACCAGAGCCAUAGCCUGCCCAACCGCAGCCACCAGAUGUAUAAUUCUUGAAGCUGCCAAAGCACAUGCCCCUUCCCCCAGCAGGGCUGGCCCAUACCAACAGGCCUGUUUUCUCUUCUACGGGGAAACUUACGUGGCCCAGGGUGAGAUGCUGUCACCAAAAUCCUUUCUUCCUCAGCCCCUUCCCCAGGGGUCUUGAGUAGUCUCUUCCAUAGAGGAUGGACCCUGCUGGAGGAAGAGCUGCAGGGAAGUGAGGCAGCUGUGACAGACCCUGAGGCCCCUGAAGACCCACCAAGAGGAAACAGACGAGGCAGACCCCAGGAGCGGCCAAGAGCCCCACUGACGCUGAAUGCCUGGAACGGAGCCAAUAAAGCCUUGUAUUCCCUCA